GAAAGGUACAGCCGGAAGCAGCCGUUCCACAUCCGCUUGACACGGAUUUCUUGUUUUUAUGACCAAAGUCCAGGAGACAGAUUCCUAAAGACAAUAUUACAAUGCCUUUCGUGGAGCUCCAGACCAAUUUACCUGGUUCCUCGUUUAAUGAGGAUUUUUUGAAGAAGUUGUGUUCGUGCGUCGCUUCAACCUUAAGCAAACCAGAGGAGAGGAUGAACGUGGUGGUGAAACCUGGGCUGCCGAUGCUGAUGGCUGGCUCUUGCUCGCCGUGCGUCAUUCUGUCGGUGGCGGCCAUUUCUGUGACGGACUCUGCUGACAAGAACAAACAGCACAGUGCCAAGAUCUUUGAGUUCCUAACUAAGGAGCUCAGUAUGACUGAAGACAGGAUUGUUAUCAAGUUUGAUGAGUUGCAGCCUCACCAAGUCGGGAAAAAGGGAACAGUUAUGAGCUUCCUGUGAAGAUCACAUCUUCUGUUCGCUCCGCUCCUCCUCAUUCCUAAAAAAAGUUAGAUUUGUGUUCAGCACAAAAAGAUAUUAUUGGAAAACAUCCAUAGCUUUUUAAUUUUUUUUUUUGUAAAAUAAAUCUAGCAUUAAAAUACUUAAAAAAAGUU